AUGAAGAGGAAGGAAGCUGGGGAGCCUUCGGCGGCGGAGAAUCCCCGCAAGGCGGCUCGCGUAGAUGCCCAAACGGGGCGAGUUGGUGAGCAUGCUGCUCAAGCUGAGCGAGCUGCUGUGCGGGUGAACGAUCGGGAGGUUCAACAGUUGCCGCUCGUUAUAGUUGACGGGGACGCAUCUGGCGCCCGCGUUGACGCAUCCCAGCGUCCGGAGAAAUCGGCUGCCGGGAGCACUUCAGGUGCGACGCUUCAACAGCGGCUGCCCGAUAUGGCGAAUGCCAUCAAUUACUUCCGCGACGUGCGGAUUCACACCGGCGCUGCCUGCAACAGCGCGGCGGCGAAUACUGCGCUCUGA